UGAUGAAUUAUUUCAUUUUCUCGUAUAAUUAAUAAUAAUUUACUCACAAGGUAUUGGACUUGCCACGUCAAUUACAUGACGUCACGCUGCUAUCGCCAUCACCUCUUGUGUACACCCUCUUUACCUUCUUUCAUGAAACGUCGCGAAGUGUUAGCCAUUUUGUAGACUAUAUUUUCAGCCUGUCAUAUCUAAAAAUACAUUUUUUGAAGCUAACAGAACAUUUCUAAUAUAACUUUAUAUUUAUUCUUGUUAUGUCCACAAUGAAUCCUGAAUAUGACUAUUUGUUUAAAUUGCUUUUAAUUGGGGACUCUGGUGUUGGAAAAUCAUGUUUGCUACUGAGGUUUGCUGAUGACACCUACACAGAAAGCUAUAUCAGUACUAUUGGUGUUGACUUUAAAAUAAGAACCAUAGAACUUGAAGGUAAAACUAUCAAGUUGCAAAUAUGGGACACAGCUGGUCAAGAAAGAUUUAGAACUAUUACUUCAAGUUAUUACAGAGGAGCACAUGGCAUUAUAGUUGUAUAUGAUGUAACCGAUCAGGAAUCCUUCAAUAAUGUCAAACAGUGGCUUCAAGAAAUUGAUCGUUAUGCUUCAGAGAAUGUUAAUAGAUUGCUUGUUGGAAACAAGUGUGAUUUGACACCAAAGAAAGUUGUAGAUUAUGUUACAGCCAAAGAAUUUGCUGAUCAGCUGGGUAUACCAUUUUUGGAAACCAGUGCAAAGAACGCCACUAAUGUUGAGCAAGCUUUCUUGACUAUGGCAGCUGAAAUUAAGAAGCGAAUGGGACCACCAACCUCAGCUGCAGGUGCUUCUCAUGCUAGUGAAACGAUCAACCCCACUUCUCCUGUUAAACAACAAAGUGGCGGUUGCUGUUAGAGAGUAACUCUGAUUUCAGUGGCUUGCAUUCAUUUUUUUAACAGUUGGUGAAAUUAAGGCACUUGGCUUCAGUUCGCUGGAGGUAGAUGUUAUGGACUCUGCCAAGGGAAGAAAAAAAAAUCAUUAAAUAGACUACAUUUUGGCACCAUUAUUAUAUUCCCUUGUAUUCUUCUGCUUAUGUCUAUUUAAAAAUUCAAAAUCGUGUUUUAGAUUCCUAGAUUGUUUUUUUCCCCCUUCUGUUUUGUUCAAAGAUUAAAACUUCUGUAUGAAAUGGAAAUUUUGAUUAUUUACAUUGCCUUUAUUUAACCACUGUGUCUAGUUAUAAUUCAGUCUUUAUUUAUAUAUGUAGCUCAUUGAAAGUGACAAGACUAUAUCAUCUUGCAUUGAAUUCUUGUAAACAUAGUAUUUAAAAAAAAAAAAAAUUCUUGAUGCCAUGCAAGCGUGGCGUUUGUUAAUUUUAGGUUUAUCAUUCCAACCCUGAUGUGUGUAUGUGUGUCUGCUUCGAUCUUAGCUGUUUGUACAAUGUUUAAUGUUUGGAAUUCUAAUAUGAAAUAGUUCUUUAUUAUUUGAUUUUUUUUAAAUUCAAAAUUCAUUUGGUGUAUUGUAAAGUAUUUCCCGGCCUUAGUGGAUAUUUAAAUUGCAUUGGAUAAAAUUUUCCCUCUCAGUUCAGGUGUUUUAAAAAGCAAAUUUUAUUUUAAAUAUUUUACAAUAUUUUUAAACACUAUAUUGCAAAUUAAGUUGUAAAAUAUUUGAUAUUGCUUUAACACGAUUUAGACACUGUAUUAUAGUUUGUAAAAAUAUGUAAUUUUUCCAGUAAGAAAUGUUGAUUCCAUUCAUCUAAAAUGUUCUGUACUUACUAAACAAUUUCAUUAAAUUUUUUGUGAGCUGGAUAAAAAAUUAUUAAAGAUUUCUGCGCAUAUGUUUCAAGCCAUUCUUAUAAAUAAUUUAUUCAAAUAUUUAGUGCCUUAAGUUCAUUCAUUUGUUAUGCUGAAAAUUGUAAGCAAAGGGCUUUUCUAGGGUUUUAUUUCCCCAGUAUUGUCAUUAAAAUAUCAAACUUAAUUAUUUAAAUUAUUUAUAUACAGGUUUGUUUUUUAUAUACUCUGUAAUUAAGUUAUGACUUUAAAAAUGCUGCUCUGCAAAGUUUCCUUUCCAAUUUUGCAAUGAUGAAAUUGUCCUUUGUAUUUGUAGAACUUGUAAACUGGCUAAUAUAACUACUGGCUGAAUCGUGUAUUGAGUAUUUUUAAUAAAAGAAUUGAAAAUUA